UUAUCAAACGGGAUCCAGAGUCUUACAAGGAAGAAUUUCUUCAACAACAACACCAUUAUAAGUCUACUUUGGAGGUGUUUUGUCUAUCGCCUAACAAAUUCAACAAGAGUCUCGAUGAAAUAGUCACCUUCUUGGCACAGGUAUAAUAAGCAAAAUAUACGAGUAAAAGUCUCGGCAAGCAGUUGCCACAUAAUAACAUUGUUACUAUUGUCUACUAUUAAGGAAUUUUUAAGAAUAGUAAACAUGGAAAAAUAUUUGCAAUCCAUAGAAGGGAAGAUUCUGUGUCGGGAAAGCGUUAUAAAUCAACUUUAUUCGUUGAUUGGUUACUCGGAUGAACCGAUGCCUUAUAGUAUAUUUGUUUAUGGUCAUGUAGCUACCGGAAAGUCUUUAGUAGUAGAAAAUAUGCUUUCGUACUUAAAAUACAAUACCGCUAUAAUUAACUGUAUCGAACACGUGAAUAGUAAACACAUAUUUAAUUAUAUUUUGAGCGAUCUUGCGAGCAAUACCAAAUUGGAACAUAGAUGCGACAAUAUUAUAGAUUUUAUAAUUAGUCUUAAAGAAGUUUCGUUGAAGGAUAGUCGCCCGAUUGUUAUAGUAUUCGAUAAAUGUGAGAAAUUAAGGGACAACAAUGCUAAUUUAUUACCUACAUUCUCCAGAUUGAAAGAGCUAUCGGAUGUUAAUGUCUGUGUAAUAUUUAUAAGUGGCAUAGUAUGGGAAAAGUUUCGCGUAAAAGUCGGUAUGUACGAACCGAUUAAAGUUCAUUUUCCACAAUACGUGAGAAAUGAAUUCGCCGAAAUAUUACUUUCGUGCAAGUCGUGCAAUUACGAAGACACGUUUUACAAAAACUACUUAAACUUAUUUCUUUCUGUAUUCUUUCGGUUCUGCAGAGAUCUUAACGAACUUAACUACAUGGCCAAGCUAAAUUUUUCUAAAUAUGUACAACCCAUAGAAACCGAUGGAAUUAAGGAAGUUGACACUGCUAUACUGUGGAGAAAUAUUUCUGCAGUUUUUAAGGCAAAUUUAGAAGUUAUUUAUCUACGAGUUUCAUGUGAAGAUUUUGCAAGAAAUAAUCAGUUUUCUAAUGAAAUUGAAUCGACAACUAAAUUGGCGUUAAGUUUUGAAUUACCGUAUUAUGCAAAAUACAUACUGAUCGCUUCGUAUCUUGCUUCGUAUAAUCCCGCAAAAGAAGAUAAACAUUUGUUUGCAAAACAAAAAAUGAAGAAGAAAAGAAAAACUAUUAGUAAAAAGAACGUGACAAAAUUAAGCAUCCAGAAUGGGCCAUCGAAUUUUCCAGUAUCUAGAAUGCUCGCAAUUUUUUGCGCAAUUCUCGAUGAAAAAGUCGAUAUAAAUGCCAGUUUACUUGCACAAAUUCCAUCGAUGUGUCAACUUGGUUUAUUAACUACCGUGGGAAAUUAUAACUUGGAUGAACCUAAACUUAAGUGUUGCGUAUCCUACGAUUUCAUUCUGGUUAUAGCUAAGACUGUUGGAUUCGGUAUUCAGAAUUACAUAUACAAUAUUAUGCAUUAAAUUAAGAAUACUUUUGAUCAAACAUUUAUUGUAUAAAUAAGUUAUUAGCGUGCAAAUUAUUAUUCACUUUUGUAUCUAUUUAUUGAUUUUUAACAAAUAAAAAGUUACAAUUUGUAAAUACUUUUUUUUUUUUUUGAUUGAGCGAUUGUAGAAUAAUUUUAUU